CCAAAAUGGCGGCAUUAUCUGAAUAUGAAAACGCUAUGUUCCUUGAGCUUAUGGAUGAUGACGGGCUGUUUGUCACAGCCAAGUAAGUACACCAGCGAGAAGAGCUUCAAUUAUUUUACUCUAUCGCACCUCAUUAUUGCUUAUUUGUGGCUUGUAGGGGUUUGAGUUUUGAGCGAGUUAUCGCGAGUUUUCUGAAGAUUCAUUGUGUUACGAGCGAUCCUUCCUCAAUAUCUUUAGUCCUUGUGAUCAACACGACAGAUCAGGAAGAGGUAGGUCCUAUUCCUUUUUCUUGAGUCUAGGUGGGAAUAAAUUGAAUGAAACUUACUAAAAUCUCCGCAUCAAUCAUUACGAUGCGUAAAGAAAAGCCCCGUCCAAUCGUACAAUGUUGUCAGCUGGGUCGAAAUUUUCCUAUGUGGCUGCGAUUUAUCCGAACAAAAUAAGACAACAUUUUUGAUCGUUAACUCCCCUCCUCCCCUCCAAUGGAUGACACCCUUUUGUGCAGGACUGGAAAGAAUUUUAUUUUUAGAGAAGCCGAUGAAACUAGUAAAAAAUAUAUAAAUAAACAAACAAACAAUUACAACAACAAAAAGAAAACAACAACAACAGGUUAAAAAAAUAUAGAGAGAUCUUUUCCUUUAACUUAGCAGUGGUCAAUAGUGCUGCUUGUAAAAACUGCAAAUACCUUGCUUUUGUCAACAAGUUUAGAUUUUCCUAGGCAAAUACAUGUACAAAACUUAAAGAAAAUGAAGACUUAAUCAGAACAGGUGUCAAGCUGAUGUGGAGUUAAACUUAAGAGGAAUACAAAGAAAUCACAAGAUGGUCAAUGGCCUCCUUAAGCAACCCUAAAAUAGGGGCAGCAAGUGGUACAGGUGCCUUGAAAAUUGGAAGCCUCGCACAAUUUUUGUCCAAUCUUGUCAAAUUUGCUAUGAGUUUUGAAAUGAUAAUUUUAUACUGCAUGUAGUGCCUUUCAUUGUUGUUCUCAAAUUCAGUAUUUGCAUUCAUCGCUGAGGUUUAUGGAUGAAAGGCACAGUGAUAGCUGAAGUAAGUUACAAAUAGCAUGUGCAACAACAGAUGGCCAAGACGUAAUUGAAAAAAAACUACUUAUUACUAAUAAUUUGCAGCAGCAGAUAUUGGGUUAUCAUGUCAAGUUCAAUGUCUGCCUAGUUUCCAAGCCCCUCAUCCAUGUAGUGAUAUCAAACUUUUGUAAACUCAGAGAGAAGCAUCUUCUUUUGCAGAUUAUUUAAAAGAAAUCUAAAAUUCGGUAUUUACAUAAUAUGAAUUAUCAAACCUUGUGUCACUGUUGUCUGCCUCAGUGUUCAGCUUUGGCUAGUAAUUUAGACCUUGGCAUUGAUAAUUAGUGAUAUCAUGCUCAACCUCAUCCAAUAAUUGCUUAUUGUUUGCAGGACUAUAUUCUUGAUGAACUUAAGUCUUCAGAUGUUCCACUUCCAAAAGUUAUCACCACUGAAUUCACCUCUUCAGAGAGGUAUGUUUUAUAUCAUGAAAUGACCCCUUGUUGCUUUUUGAAUAAUAUCUGCUUUUAUGAUGAUAUUGAUAUUAAACUGAAAACAUGCAUUUUGUUAGGAGGGUACUGCUAAGGUUAAAUUAAGGUUCUAAUUAAAGUGGUUAACCCUUUAAGUGAUUAACAUUUAAUUUCUCCCAGGUAAUAAGAAUAUGGAAACUUAUCUGGUAGAGUUUAUCUUGAUCUAACAUCAAAUUCUGAACACUAAUUUGAAAGGAAUUGCAUAGCAGUUAGACAUGAGAAUUAACAGUCUGAUCUUGAGAGUGAAUGAUUAAGAGACUGAGUACUUGCUGUCAAUAUAUUAAGUAACGUGACUCAAUUUUUUAUCCUAAAAACUUUGCAAGUUAAGAGCUUUUAGCCUACUACUGAGGCAAUUGUCAUUAUUAUAUCAACUCCUUAGAGAGGAGAGAGGUUACUUCUUAUUUUGUUAUUUGAAGACUAAGUUUAAGCCAACAGGGAGACCUGUAAUUAAAAUGUGAAGAUAUAUCUGUACUUAAAAAAUGGUAACUUGUCAAAAAUCCACUCAACUUUUGAGCACCUGCAUGAAAUAGGCAAAAAACCCUGUAACCUCUGCAAGUAAUUGGCCUCUAUUUCUUAUUGUUGUAUUUCCCUUGACUCAAAGUAAUAUUCAUGAGAGUACCAGAAAUAAUUACCAAAAGAAUAUAAGAAGCUCUUGAUUGUCAAACAAUUUGUACUUGUCAUUACCCAAGGAAAUGUUUAGAAAAUAGUGUGGAGAAUAUUUAAUACAUGUUAUGAUGUAAACAAUUAAACUGUCAUUUUAGUCAUUCAAAAGAGCCUUUCAAUGUCCAGUUGCUUGUUGUGUAAAAGUUAAAUGUUUGUUUUUGUAGAGAGUCUGUGUAUCUUUCUGGAGGUGUCCUUUUUGUCACUUCAAGAAUCUUGGUUGUAGACAUGCUGACAAAGAAGCUGCCCAUUCAUCUGGUAACAGGAAUUGUUGUGUUACGUGCUCACAAGUAUGUAAUAGUUUCAGUCUGCUACAGUUGACAAUUUGUUUAAUAACACCAGGUAAAGUGUGCUCUUGAGCCAUUAGUGGUACUAUAUAGUUCUGGAGCUUAUCCUGCUUUUAUUGCAUAGAGUCACAGGUUAACAUCAGGCUGCUUACUAGCAUUUAUUUUUGUCUGACUUCCCUAGCAGUUCUCUGGUACUCAUUUGCAUUCUUGUGUGGAUACUAGGCACUGUACUUGAGCCUGGUAACUCAUCUGGCUGCAGCUUAUCCUGGUUUCAUAGCAUGAAGUGAUCAGGAGUAAUUUACUUCUCCUCCCUGGAUAAAAUUCACUGCAAGGUUACCCCCCCCCUCCCUUCUCCAGUUGGGCUUUGCUGACAGUUAGCCACUACCCAUUUAUACUCCUGGAUGGAGCAAAGCAUUGUGAGAGUAAAGUAUUUUGCCCAAGAACACAACAUAAUGACCUGGUCAGUUCUUGUACCUGGACUUCUUGACCUGGAGUCCAGCUCACUGAACAUUAGGCUAGUGUCUCUGUGAGAUUAAAGUGUACUUGAAAUAAAAACACCAUGAUUGACCUGGCUAGGUCUCAAAGACAGACUUUUCUACUCCAGUCAUGUACACUAGCCCUUAGGUCACCAAAUCUCCCAGCCUAGCACAGGAGACCUAAUGAAAAAAGGGGGUAGGUUUCUAAAUAAACUGUGGUGCUGCAUCAGUAAGAGAGUAGAACAGAAUAAUUAAAUAUCGUCAACUGGGUUGAUAACGUAAAUUGGCUAUUGUAAAGAGUUUCAAAAUUUAAGUUAGCUCUUGAAACUCUUUACAGGGACUCAAUGAAAACCCUGACUUGGACUGCAAACAUGAUAACAUUAGGCUGAAAGCACUUGACAAAAAAAUUGAAGAUAGCAAUGCUUAAUUCAGUGUUGUUGUGAAGUCAUUGCAUGACAUCCCAAUUGUUUGAUUUUCAGUUUGCACUUUAAAUUUAAACUGAAAUCAAUCAAAUAUGUUUUUAUUUGCUUAGAAUAAUAGAAUCUUGUCAGGAGGCUUUCAUUCUUCGAUUAUAUAGAGAAAACAAUAAGGUGAAGUACUGUUUAUGUUCAUUGAUUUAAUAAAGAUACUGAAUUUUAUCACCUGAAGGUGUUAAUAGUAUUAUCGAGUUUUUUAAAAAAAAGAUAGUGUCCCUCUUGAAUCUCAUGAUAAUAAUUGGUUCAACCAAUUAGUAAAUUGUGUUUUGAUUAUUGUUAAUUUAUUACAUACACAGCAUCGGUACAUGUAUAUACAGUAUAUAUACCCUUUUUAUUUCAUAGAAGAAAAAAUGUUGCUUUAUGUAUGAGGAAUGGGGAAUCUAGAUCUAUAUCACACUCUUGUAGAGGGGUCUGAUAAUCUAUGACUCAUGAUUGCCACAAAGAACAACAAAAAAAUGACAACAUCUCUUAAUGACCCACAAACACUCUGAGGCUCAUUUGGUGUCACUGUCAAGCAACUAUCAAUUCCCCUUCUGGAUGAGGAGUUGCCCCACUUCCAUCUGAUUGUCAUUUUGAGAUAACCAAAUCAAAUUUAUUAUAACACUUCAUGUAGGUACAACAAUACUUCAUGUUGGUACUACAGUACAUGUAAUUAUACUUUAUAUAGCCACUACAAGAGUUUAUGUGGGUACUACUAACAGUUCUUCAUUAUUGUAGGUACUGCACUAGGAAAGGAAAGAGAUGGGUUGUGAAUUAGAUGGUUUAAUUGAUGUAAAAUGUACUUAGUGGGUUAUUGAUGUGUAAUGUACAAGGACAUGUGCAUAUACAUGUACACCGUAUACAGAUGAAGUUUGUUGUACACCUCAUUCUGCCCUUCUUAAGCCCUUUUUUUCUAUUGAUUGACUUUGUUGCUUGAUUCUCUACAGACUGGUUUCAUCAAAGCCUUAUCAGACAAUCCUCAGGCUUUUACUUCAGGUUUUUUUCAAGUGGAAAAAGUGAUGAAGAAUCUAUUUGUAAGAAGACUAUAUCUUUGGCCUAGGUAUGGGAAACAGAAAUAAAAUUGACUUGCAUAUUAAAGAAAAUUUGUAUUUGAAUAAGAAUUACAUGUAGUCUGAUAUAUGGAACCAGCACCUAAGGAAGAGUAGUUUGGUCCAAAUUUGUGUCCAGUGUAUAAUUGUGAACUGAUUUGUAUUUCUUAAUUAAUUUUGGAAGAUCAACGAUUAACAAUUUCAUGGCAUCAUAAUUUGACAUGUGUAAAAUACAACAGAACUGCUGUUCUGUGUAGAAUUAGGGAUUAGGGAUUAGGGAUUCUUCUGGGAUUAUUUAUUCAGAAACAAUAAUUAUCAAUAAAAUUGAGCACUUAAGUCCUUAUGAUAUUGAGUGAGCAUUAAUCUAAUCUUUCUUUUAAUAUAUUUGUUCUUUUUAAAUCUAGGUUUCAUGCAACAGUUUCAGCAUUUCUGGAAAAACACAAGGUAUGUUCUGGAGUUUUGGCAGCCAAUCUGCUUGAAUCUUUUAAGCUUAAAAAUGUCUCCCUGAAAACUAACUAUCAGUGACUGGACAUAUAUAAAUGCUUAGUCAUUGAGUAUUGGGACUUCAAAUAAGUGAAGGUGAGGAUACGAUGUGAAAUCCAAAAAUAUAUCACCAAACGUAGUUUGGUCCACCUCUAAUUUGGCACAUUUUAGACUUUAAUCAUGAAGAAUUCCAUCAGAGGUGGCUUUUGGAAUUGCUAUGGUCCAAGUUUUAACAGGUUUAACACAUUUGAUUAUGGGUUUGCAAGAUUUAAGUCUUUGUUUUAGUGUGGACACUAGUCAAUUUGUUGUGUCCUUGGGCACUGCUUUUCUGAAAGAAUGUGGGAAGUCAGUGGUUUGGGAAAGUUGAUGAAAUAUAUGGAGUAACCUACAGUAGGAUAGACUCUCAUCCCUUAUUAUUUAUUAACAAGUCAUCAUGGUUUGUCUCUACACUCACCUGACAAUUACACACUGUCAAAGAAUCAAAUAAUGCUCAGUGUGUUUCAUUCUGUUAGUAAUGAUUUGUACAAAUUUUUGCUUUUAAGCCAGAGGUUAUUGAGCUUCAUCUCCAUCUAACACCUUCCAUGUUGGCAAUUCAAACAGCAGCUCUUGAUCUGAUCAAUACAUGCCUUAAGGAACUGAAGAGAGCAAAUCCAACAGUGAGUCUCUUGUUGCAUUAAUGAAAAUUUUGUCUUUUUGACAAAGAAAGAGAUUGUCUACAUCAUUUACAAUCUAACAUUUAGUCAAGAGAUUGUUGAUGAUGUCUUGAAUUAUUCGGAUGUGGAUAAUUGAAGGGUGAAGUUAUUGUAGAUCGUAUUAGAUGCCUCCCCCCUGUUAAUAACUAUGAAUUAAUUACAAUUUCAAUACCAUUUCAUUUUGUCAUGCUAGAAAGGUUUAGGUUGGUUUAGAACUUCGUCAUGACAUUGGAAGCCUUUUUGCACCAAAUAAAAUUGUGUGAAGAAGGAAGGAAACUGGGAAAAAAUUGUUUGCUAGGAUUUUAGACAAGCUUCAAAGUAGUUGGAAGAAAUUAAAAAUUGUAGAGAAGAUAUUAAGUGAAUAGAUUUUAAGUUUAUAGGUAAAAGUUUUGAAAAUGGACCAGUUGUGGAGAAACUUCAUGAUAAUGCUUUUUAUGAGUAAUACCAUGAUUUUCUCUCUUAAUUUAUGUAGCUUGAUGCAGAUGAUCUGACUGUGGAGAACAGUAUCAGCAAAUCCUUUGACAAAAUCCUGAGAUUUCAACUUAAUCCUGUUUGGCAUCAACUGGUGAGACUCUAUGUUAAGAUUUCCUUUACUCAGUCAGUUUCAAAUUGUUCAGUUCUAGGGGAAAAAAAGAGCAAAAAAAAGAAAAUAAUGACUGAUUUACUCAAUGUAAGUUGCUAAAAUGCAAAGACCUUAGGUUAUUAGGAAAGAAUUAGUAACUAACUGGCAUUUAUGGGGCUUGUGGUCCUUUUCUUUUUUUUUGUGAAAUUGCUUUCAAUUUCCUUAUCAGUGAUAAUUGUAUGCAUUUGUGUGUUGUAGGGAAACAAGACAAGACAGUUGGUUGCUGAUCUUAAAGUUCUCCGGCUUAUCCUACUGUAAUUGCAUACAUAUUCAAGUACUUAAGACAGUUAAACUGUUGAUUUAAAUAGUGGUAGCCAGGCUUACUGAUUUCUAAGUAUGGGCCACCUCUCUCUGAAAGUUACUGGAAAUUUGCAUUUGGGAUGGCUUUAUUUUUAACCAAUGCAUCCAGAAAAUAAUAAUUUGAAAUAAUUCAGUCUAACUUUAAUCUUUAUGAUAAUCAUAAUUAUUUCUCUCAUCACAGCUAUCUUACACAAUAUGACUGUGUGACAUUUUACAACUUUCUGGAAUCACUCAGGUAUACUUAACAUGUACUUAUAAUUAUUCCAGCAUUCACAUUUUCCUUCAUUUAUGUAUAAAAUGUGUUAAGUAAACAUAUUUUGGAUUUACUGUAAAAGUUAUAUAGCAUGGUGGAUAGGCCAGCAUACAUGUUCAUGUAUUGCACUCACAGCCCACAGGGUGACAUUGGAUGUGUCUGUUCAGUAUCACAGAUGAUGUGAAAAUGUGACAGGAAGAAAAAAGUGGUUCAGCCAAGUGUGUCACUUACGUCCUUUUUACAUUUUGAUGUUUUACUGUACAAAACCUAUGACAAAAAAGAAUCUAUUUUUUAUGUGAUAAAAAGGCAGAAUGUUGUUAAUGGUAACAUUAUCAAUGUGUCUGUCCUCCAAUCAAUCAUAAGUAAGAAUAAAUUUAAAUCUACCCGUAGAUGAGGGAAAAAUUCAACUUGCCAUAUAAUAUUACAUGUAGUUUGUCCAGUGCUUGGUUUUAACUCAUAUACCAUACUCACAAAAUACCCCACUAGUUUGCCUCCUUGCCUGUGUGGUUUAAACCGUUCCCAUGAUAUGACAAACCAUCUGUUAGGAAAAGAUACAUUUUGACUGAGUUGUUUUUGUAAUGUGUUAACAUGCAAAAUGUACAAUGCACCAUCAGAGCUAGUCAACGUGAUGUCAAGAAUCAUUCACUUUGGAUGUUCAUGGAUGCUGCAGAUUCCUUGUUUGUGGUAAGCUGUUUUUCUGUCAGGUUAUAUUUAGUCGUAGUUUUGUAUUAGAAUCAAUGUAGAAGCGAUCCUCGCAGUUAUGAACACAACUGAACUAGUAGUUGAAAUAAGGCUUGAAAAAAAUUCAGGCCCGUACGGGGUUUGAACCCAUGACCUCUGUGAUACAGGUCGCCUUAUUUCAAGUACUGGUUCAGUAGUGUUUAUAACUGCGAGGAUCACUCCUAUAUUCAUUUCUUCCACUGCAGUGCACAUGUAUGAUUUUCAAACAUUUACAAUCAUUAUUCACCUCUUGGAAGGUUUAUUUAGAUCUAACAUAAAAACCAGCUCCCAGUUGGCUUGUUAGCUUAGUUGAUAGAGCGCUGCACUGGUAUCGCAAAGGUCGUGGGUUCAAAUCCCGGCCCUAUUCAACUACUAGUUCAGUAGUGUUCGUAACUGCGAGGAUCGCUUCAAUCUAUAUUCAUUUCUUCAACUACAGUGCACAUAUAUGAUUUUCAUAUAUUUACAGUCAUUAUUCACCACUUGGAAGGUUUAUUUGGAUCCAGCAUAAUGACCAGCUCCCAGUUGGCUUGUUAGCUCAGUUGGUAGAGCGCUGCACUGGUAUCGCAGAGGUUAUGGAUUCAAAUCCCGUACGGACCUGAAUCUUUUUCAGGCCUUAUUUCAACUACUAUUUCAGUAGUGUUCAUAACUGUGAGGACCGAUUCUAUAUUCAUUUCUUCAAAUGCAGUGCACUUAUUAUGAUUUCCAUAUAUUUAUAAUCAAUACUUUAAUUUAAAUUCUUUUUUAAAGCAUGCAAAGGCAAGGGUUAUUGAAUUUACUGAAAGUAAAAACAAGAAAAUGAAAGGAGAAACAUCACAACGGAAGGAAGAAAAUUCUAAGUAAGUGAAUAUUCUCUUAAGUAUUCCCAUUCUGUUGCCAAUACUGCUCUUUGCACAAUGUAGGCUUCUAAUGUGAACACAGUUGACGUGGAAUUAAGGAAGAAGAUAGUCUUUUGGGGGCUUAAAUCUUCUUGUUGGUGACAAGUGUAUAUCUUCUGAUCUGAUUUCUUUCCCCCCCUCCCUUCUUUCCCCCAUCAAGCUGAGGGGCUGGGUCUUUAAAGCACUCGUCUUACUCAAAAGGUUAUACAGUGUAUUUUCUCGACUUGCUGGAUGUAGUAUCUUAUCUUGAGCAGGACUCCUUCAUGGGAAUUGAUCACCGUGAUAUGCAUGAAUGUAUGUUGACUAUGAUUAUCUGUGUUGCGAAACGUAUUUAAGUGAUGUGAAUACUGAUUAUGAGUUGUGAUCUUAUGAACAAUGUGUUAACCCUUUAAUCCCUAACAUCAGCAUGCAUAUUCUCAAUUCUUAUCCCUUGACAUUUCCUCGGGUUCUGACAUGGAGAAUUUUUUCAACAAUCAAGAGUUUCUUUUGUUGGUGAUCAUCUCCCUUAUUCUCAUGACCUUAAUGUUUAAUUCAGGGGUGAUAUUGUAAGGAGAAAUUAGAUGUUAGUCACUCUUAGGGGUUAAAGGGUUAGGAGACUUCACACUGGAUGCACCCAAAAUUUCUCUUUUUCCCUUUUCUUCCAACUGUGCUUAGUUCACUAUCUCUCUCUUCUGCAGAGGCUACAGCGAUGACAAGGAUCAGAAAGGUUUGUAGCAGAUAACUUUUGUUAUUUUUGCAACUUCUCUCAGCCGAAAAAAAGACAAGUUAUGUAUAGAAAGUAUUGUGACAGAAGACUCUAAGCGGCUGUAUUCUUAGCAGGCUGUUAACUUUUACAGUAGACAAAGCAAAACAGGACAAAUCAAACAAAGACAAAAAAGGAGGAAAUUGAAGUGGUUAGCAACAGUGAAAGUGCGGCCUUCUGUCUUCUUGUCCAACGAGUUACCAUCGGGGAAGAUUGAUCGCAGUUUUAUUCGCCCUUCUGUUGCUGUAAAUAUCCUUGAAUACCCCUUUUUUUAAGAAGAUUUUUCCAGAAUCUAAGAACGCGUUGAGCCGGUAAGGUGCGCAAUCUUGAGUGGAGGAGGUCAUCUAGCUGGUGCAUGUGUAACCAGUCAGAUCACAGAAUUAGCAGACCUUGCUUGCUCACUGAGUACCUUGUGAUAAGACUUAGCAGUUGAUGUUAUGUAGAAGAACAACUUGUGACAUUUUUUCUUUCUUCUCUUUUCUUUCUUUGGUUUGCUUUCCAUUAACAGAGGAAUUAGUUCUGGAGGAGAGUCCGAAGUGGAGGCUUGUGUCAGAAGUGUUAGCAGAGAUUGAGCGGGAUGAUGCUGAUAAUGACAAAUGUACCUGUUACACUUACUGUCUGUAUUUCGUUUGAUUGUCUGUGAUUUUUACGUCAAUCAAUGAUUUUAAAUUGCUUCUACGACUGAAAAGAUCUUAUCGUCGUUCGCUUUCUAUUCCAAUUUUUUUUUGGGCAAAGAGUGCCGUGCAAAAUACUUUCUCCCAAUGUUUAAAACUGGUCAGUGUUUUAAACUUUGAAAAGACGAAGAAAAGAUUCUUUUUCGUCGUAGCUUGUCAAAUGCUCUGAGAAUUACUUAUAUCUUCAAUUGCCUUUGGAAGAAGUAUUUAAUUAGCGAAGCACUGCAAUUUUCGGCAUUGAUAUUUCCGUAAAUAUUUUUUCCUUUUUGAACCGUAAAGCUGCCAAGAUUAACCUGAAGUUGAUUUUCCACGCUCGAGAUCUAUGUUUGAUAUCUCUCUGCACCCUUCAAAUUUGAUGUUGGGAAAAAACGAGAGGAAUCUUUGAGAACCAAGAAACUUUGUGUAGAAUUGUCAUUGAUAGUCUUUACAGAAGAUUAGUCCUUGAUUCUGGUGUCAUUUCAAAGCUUCUGUUCUGUUGCUUGUCUUUGCCAGAAAUUCGUGGUUCUGUGAAUUUAUUGAGUGUCACUAGUGCAUAAUCAUGUCUAGAAGUACAAUAAGUGAGACCAGACGCACAUCAAGAUGCUGAAAGACUAUACGAUAUACGGAUUUUCCUGCGGUUUCUUUUGUGAGUUUUUGCGUGAUUAGUUUUGUUUUGCCUUAUUUUACAGUUGGACCUGGUCAUGUUCUGAUUGCUGCUUAUGACGAAAGGACGUGCUCACAGCUCAGAGAUGUAAGUGCUUAUCCAGCGACUUUUUUCUCUCGGCUAACAGCUUACAACGUAUGAUAUGCACCAACUUUUUAAUGAAGUAAACUGAUUAUUUCAUUGAUUAUUGGUAUGGGUUAGGACGACUUUUGGUACUUACCGGUUGUUCUCAAGAGUUGAAAUGCAAAAUCCCUUCGAAUGAUGCCGCUUUUAUUGGAUUUGAAGGUUAACUUUUAAGUUAUGUUGAAAUUCCUAUAUUCUACCUCACUGACUGCUAAAUGCGUAGUCUUUAAUGGUGAACUAGGCGACGGGAAUGUCAUACAUUUUUCGCAUGGAUUUUCAAUUGUUUUUGACGAAGUUGUAAUCUUGAUCUAGCGAGGGAGAGGUGGGGGAGGGGGGUGGUUGCCAUAGUGCAGCCACGAUUUCAGUUCAAAUUUUGCGCCAAACAAAGUAGCAUCCCUCGCUAUAAUUAUCCAACUUUCGAUGAAGUUUGAAAUUGAUAUCAUUUGCAUUUUACCAUUCAGAUUGAAUCUUUCAGUAACCAGGUGAUAAAAAAAGAGAGAGAAGAUUUCCAAAAGUUAAUGCACAGGAUGCUUGAUAAAGUUGUUGAAUUGAAAUAUUUUUGCGGACAUCUUAUUGUUAUGGUGUUCUCAUCGUUUUGUAAUUUAGUACCUCUGUGAUGGAAGCGAAGCUGUUCUCACUCGCCUUUACAACAAGUUAAUAAAACCUCCAGCAACAGUAGCUGAGACGUCAGAGACAGGUACAUGUAUGUUUUCACCUUCAAACCACUGCUUUGUAUUCCACCUUAACUGUGUUUAUUCAGUUUAAUAAAACAGUCUUGGCCUUUUUCACGAUAUGACUUUUAGGGGUGUGGCAAGGAAGCCCAAUAGGAGGUAGUAGAUUGUCAAAAUUAGGUUCCUCGGGUUUUUCGAGAGAUGAGAAAAAGAAAAUGCUAUGUCAAAAGUCAAGCGAGUUUAUUUCUGUGCUCUCACGAUAAGAUUUUCUUUCAUUAAUGUCUCAAAGCUAGAAUAACUUGGUGUCAGGGUGAAAAUAUGAAGAAACGAGCUACGUCAAGGUUUGCAUGUCUUGAAAUAAUUGGCCUCCUUAUCAAACUUGGAAUCGAGUUUAUCUCCCCCUAUCUUCCCCCAUAUUGACUACAGACUGAUAACGUUGAUAUGGACCGCGAAUGCUCGAAACUUAAUAUAUUCCUAAGGGGUAUUAAGUGAUGUAAUAUUGUGAGUUUUUUUUUUCGUUUUGUAGCUUCCGUAAGUGGAGAUACUCUGCAAAGUGACGCUAGUGCAAACAUUUCUGACAAAAAGGUAGGGGCGCCAAUUGCAAAACAACCCCUACAUACUUCUGGCUUGUUUGGCGAGAACAGAUCUGUUGACCGGAGUGGUUGUGCAACCGAUAGCAAUCGUGGUAAAGCUGAAACGACUUCUCGGCGUUCCACCAUUUGAUGCCGUGUUCAUUGUUUCUUUCUCUCUGAUUUCCUAUACCUCAAUUACUCAAAAAUGCGGCACCUACUGACGGUAAUUUUUCUUGAUGUGAAAUAAUUAUGUUUAAUUAUAAUAAUGAUCAAAUGUUUAAACAUUGUUUGUUGCUGCUUCGUUUCGAAUUCAUUUCAAACGGAAAACAAUUUAUCAAAUAGCAGUUUGAAAAUUCUGGAGAGAAGCAAAUUACAUGGUGGCAAGAACUUUGAGCAUUACCACGGAAACAAUUGAGAAUAACGAAGUUAUUAAGAGGUGAUAUUUAGAAAAAAAAUGCGCCGUCUAAAACAGAUUUGCCUGCCUUCUCUACAGAGGUGUCGUAAUCAUGUCCCUCUGAGAGGCGCUAUGCGCUAAUGGCAAAAAUUAUUGUGUUUACCUCGGGGUAUGCGGGAUGAUGGAAAGAUCGGGACAGACGGGUUUUAAUUGCACCUAGACACGGAAGUAUGAGUUUUCAGGGCAUCCGUGCCUCAAGAUAACGACAAUCCAGUGCCCUGAUUAUUUAAUGAUUGAUGACUCACCAUCAACAGCAAUAACUGGUGAAUGCGCGCGGCCCAGUUGUUCUAAGACCGAUUUCUGCUAACCCAGGGUUAAAUGUUAAUCGGGUUUCUUUAUUUCUCUAUUCAAUAGUUUUUUACUGAUAAUUUUCUCUAUUCCUUUUAGAAUAUCAAAUAAUCCAAUUGUAGACGAAAAGAAUUAAACUGAAUUUUCUCUUAAAGCUUUCAGAUUUGAAAUUAAAUUUCACACCGUGGGUUUUCUUAACCCAGCUUUGGUUAAUUCUUGGAGGCUAAGUUCUUCCUUUGUAGUUAAUUCCCCUUUAUUCAGUGAUAUUUCUUAAACAGUUCACUGGUACUCAGCAGUACUUCCGGGUGUAGAAAGGCAAUGUGCAAGUUAAGUUUCUCACCCCGAGAACCCAGUCCAGCGCGCUAACCAUUAGGCUCAUUGCUUCUCAACAGCAACUAUUUUCUUUUUUAAAACUUUACUGACUAAAUAUUUGAUUGCAACACGUACGGUCUAAUCGUCCAGGUGAGAGUAGUCCCAAGAAGGACUGUUUUUGGCGGUAGUGACUGAUGUUUUGACUACCUUAGCAAGAGUAAUCAUCAGAGUUUAAUCCGGCUUUCCUUUUAAGGUCGAUCAAAUGUUACUCCCGGGUCAAACCAUUACCUGAAGUAAAUAAAUAAGUUGAAUGUCGGUAAGUUUUGAUCAAAAUAAUGUCGUCGUCCAAUUUUAUAGGAUUUACCGUCAUCCCGUCAACGCCAUGUUCAACCUGGAAAAAAAGGGAAAUCAAAAAGGAAAGUGGCUGCCCCAAGGAAGAAAGCGCCUUUAGAUCAGUCAGAUGAAGGGUAUGAAAUUGCCUAGUAUCUUAGUGAAAGUUUCUCUAAAUUGCUCUUCCAGUGGCCGAUUAUACCCAAAAAGUAAUUUCUUAACGUCGUGGACAUAAGAUGUCUCUGUUAAAGGAUGCUACGUUACUCUGUCGGUUCUUUUGUUAGCAUUUCUCUCUCUUGACGCGUCUGCUGAGUUUUUCCUCUUCAACUUUUUUGGUCGUUAUUUGGUGUAGUUGUUUUCACGUUUGCCAGGUUAUUGACUCGUUAGCAAGGUCAAUUUGUUUGCUCGUUUUGUGGUGCGGAGUAGUUUUUUUAUUCGUCUGCUUUCCCAUCGGCUUCGUUAAUCUAACUGAAGAAAUGUUUUUUGGAUCAUUUCCUUAUCAACUAAUUUUUUAUUUUUCCCAUUUAGAAACAGUACAUCGAAGACCCAGUUAUUCAAAGGUAUCUUUAAAUUUUUUUAUUUUAAUUUAUUUAGUUUUUAGCAAUAUCGCCCUGAAUCACACAUUAAGGUCACGAGAAUAAACGAAAUGUUCAACGACUAACGAAGCUCUUGAUUGUUAAACAAAUUCUCCUUUUCGGCACCAUAGGAAAUGUAGAGAGAACAGUAUGGAGAAUAUGCCCGCUGAUGUUAGGUUGUAAACUAAAGGGUUAAACUGCUAAUUCAUAAACAUGUUACUAUCUAGAUAUUCACUCUUAUUAUUUACAUAUUUGUACCCAAGUUUCGAAGAUGUAAGAAUUGUAAUAAAUACGAUAUUGAAAUUACUAUCAAAACGCGGUGUAGUUAGAAGUAAAGGGAGCUUUAAAUUAUUAUUUUUUUCUCUCAAAGGGUCAAGAUCAAAUGUUCUUUUGAGGGUAAGUCAUAAACUGUAUCCACAUCCUGCAUGUGAUACAUGGAUAUAUUAUUGAAAAAUACAAACAUACAAUUAUCGUUGACCUUAAUGAGAUAUUAAAAAUUGAUGUCAAUGGGGAAACAUAAUUUUAUAAAAAUAGAUGUGAAACGUUUUUUACGAGGAUGAAUCAGAUAGGCCUAAGUGCCGCUGGUUCAUACAAACAACACACUAAGGGUAGGUUUCCUGAAUCUGUCGUGACUCUCCACUGUCUGCUUGUGAUGUUAGUUUCUGUUCCAUAAGGCCAUUAUGAUUACCUUUUUUGUUGGUUUGGUUUCGGGUUUUUUAUUUUGUGUUUGUUUGUCUGUAGUUUUGUUUCAUUUUUUGUUUAUUUGUUGUUGUUGUUUUAAUUUGUAGUUUUGUCUGACAUUCAAUCGAAAAGCAUUCAGCUUAAUAAUUUUUAUUUAAUGUUGUGUCUGCGUUUGUCAUUAAAGAAGUUAGUUUGCGUAACAGAGACCCUUCGGGUCAUAAAACAGAGAUUUGUAAUGAGGUAUUUAUAUCAUUUUUACUUCAGCCAGGUGAAGUAAACAAAGCGGCAGAACAGGACUCCCCUCCAAUAAAACUGCUGUCAUCACGAAUGACCAUCAUUCAUCCUCUAACAGGUUGCAGGUAAUAACUGUUAUCACACUUUGAAUACCUGUAUCUCCCUACAGCUGUGCAAACAUUUCAUCAGCAAUACAUGUAGUACGCUCAUUAAAAAAAACCGCGGCGGCAAUGGCUGACAAAAAAAACGUGCCUUAUUUGCAUACUUAUAACAUCUUACUGUAAUUAUCAUAAUGAGUGGUAGCCUUACUCGUAUGCGCAAUAAUGGACCGAAUUAAAGCGAUACAAUGUAAAUCUGUCGGUUUUACCGAAUUGAUAACCAACUCGGGUUGUCGAGAGAACAUAAGAAAAAGGGCAACUGGCGAAUGAUUUACAGGCAUUCCUAAGAGGAUUAUUAUGCCAGUAACACGACUGAAAGGGUCGUAUAUUGCUUUUACUAAAUAGCUUUGGUUAUAUCGAUUUAGUGAUAAAUAGGUUCUUGACCUUUUUAUAACAUAACUUAGACACAACGCGCGCUCUGAUUGGUCAAAAAUCUUUGGUAUAAUUGCCCGUAAACCCAUAGAAAACUGAAGCAUCUUCCCGUUAUGUCAAAUGGCGCCACACGGGGCCAAUUCCCAGAUUUUAAUUUGUUAAAGGCCUUUGGUUUGGAGGAAUUGAAGAGGAAACUUUGAACGUUAAAAAACAAGGACAAAGAUUUUAUUUUUCUAACAUUAUCAAAUUUUUUACUUGAAAUGAAGUUUAACCAGCUGCGCUGUUAAUGUGGAAGAACUUCAGAAGUUCUCGACUAGAAUUCCCCAAAGUGCUCGCCUAGAAGGGAAAGUUGGCAUGUUUUUGCUUCAAGAAGAAUGUAGCGAUAAACUAACUGUAUUCUCAUUUGGAUAUUUAAUGAAAAUCCUAUUUGCAUGAAGUCAAAACCACUUGGAAAGUGAAUGUGUACUCAAAAUUUUAUGGCAAUUCCAUUUGCCUUCCAGUUCAUUCAGUUUCCGGUGCUUUUAUUGGUUUCUCGCACCUUGAUGUGUUUCAUGAGAAUCAGCGACUUAUCAUUCUCUCUGACAAACUUCACUCACAUUUAUAUCAUAAAAGCAAUAUACCAUACUUGCUACUGGUUUAACGGCUAAUAAACUGCUUGGGAUGUUGAGAGAACACUCGAAAAUUUGGCAAACUUUUAUCGUGUUCUCUCAAAUAAUAGAUACACAGAUAAACGAGUCGACAGAAAAACAAAACUAGAUGAAUUGAUUAGAAUUACACAAAUUAAUGAAUUAAGUAACAAUUAGAUCAAUGAAUAAACAAAUUAAUAGAUGAAUAAAUCAUGAUCAAUCUCGGUGUCUUGUAUUAAUAAAUGAAUGAAGAAAUGUAAAAUGGUUUCCGUGUUUACAUAGCCUGAUGUAAACACGCGGGAGGUUGGGAGAACACGAGAUAAGCGUAGGAAACCACGACGCGAAGUGGAGUGGUUUCCAGCUUAUCGAGUAAAUGAAAGAGGAACGAAAACCCUGUAUACAUACGCUCAUGUAAAAUGGUUUUAUGGCCAAUCAGAGCGCGCGUACUAUUUGAAUUAUUUUAUAAAAUAAUAUGAGACUUGAUCUGAAGGAUGGAAAACCGUUUUUUUUAGUGAUCGUUACAGUUUGCUGAGGACUCUCUGGGAAGUAGAGCCUCGAUAUGUUGUGCUUUAUGAUGCGCAAAUGCAGUUUAUACGCCAACUUGAGGUAUUUUAUACCUUUUUUCUCGUUUUCGGUUCCCUGUUUUUCUUUUACAAUGUACUACCAAUAUGUUGUCUUGGCCGAUCAUUUCCUUUGCUCUUUGUUUUUGUUUUAUUUCCAAAAGAACUUCUCGUUGCAUCUACGAAAUUAGACGUGUAUUUGUUUGGUUUGCUUUUUCUUUUCUUUUUUGCCUUCAUUUUUGGACCGUUUAAAGACGUGUUUGUGACUGCACAUAUUUUGAUUCAAUUUUUGGGGAUUCGUACGUUCAUUCGUACGUUCAUUCGUACGUUCAUUCGUACGUUCAUUCGUACGUUCAUUCGUACGUUCAUUCGCACGUUCAUUCGCACGUUCAUUCGUACGUUCAUUCGUACGUUCAUUCGUACGUUCAUUCGUACGUUCAUUCGUACGUUCAUUCGUACGUUCAUUCGUACGUUCAUUCGUGUAUUCGUGAGCCUUUCAGUUUUGUGGAUUCGUGAUUUCUUUCGUCCAUUGGUAAGAUUGUUCUUUGAUUCGUUAUCUUGUUCUUAGAUUCUUUAUCUCGCCUCACUUCGUUUGUUGGUAUGAUGCUUCAUCCGUUCGAUGAUCUUUUAUUCCGCGAGAAUUUGCUGGCUCUUUCGUUAACAUGUUAUCUAUUUUAUUUAAGUUAAUUCUUAGAUUUUCCUUCGAGUAUUUUUAAGCUUGUUGGUUGAUUCCUUCGUUCGUUUAUCAGUUGGUUGAUGUAGUACCAUGUUUGUUUUUGUACAAGUCAAUAAUUCCAGAUCAUUAUAAGAAAUUCAUCAGUAUCUCUUCCACAGGUUUAUAAGGCAUCCAGACCUGGAAUUCCUCUUCGUGUUUAUUUCUUAAUCUACGCUGGUUCAGUUGAGGAACAGGUAGUGAUUCAAAAGCUUUUUGUUUCAGUUUUCGUUAAAUUAACUUUGCAGGUGAGACAUGUUUUUUAAACCAUUAUUUUAGAAAUACUUGACAACUCUUCGGAAAGAAAAAGAAGCGUUUGAAGUGCUGAUAAAAAAUAAAGGGGUAGGUUCAUUUCUCUGUUAUUUCUUAUACCUGAAUUACAUUGAUUUAUUGAUCCACGCUCAGAUAUGUAAUCAGCUAUGAACACGUCCAAAGCUGUCUCUUAGGUUUGACCACAGAAUAUAGCAACAGUUACCAUAAUGGACAUGACUCAGGAACUUGAGGCCUCAACAUUUUGUUAAGUGGGAUGACUUGAUUGAAUUUUCCUGAGUAUUUCCUGGUAUCGAUUAAGUGCGUGUUCUCCUAACGCCAAGUUUGCAGUUUGGGAUCAGUCAUAGAAGUAAUUAGAUCGUUUCUUAAAAACCCAAGCCUUAAAAGACAGAAAAAAAACAACUUCUUGUUGGAUAAUUCAGUGUGGCCAUUUUGUUGUUGUGCUUUCCGUCCAUAUUUUUGCUCUGAUCUACAGUGUAAUACAGUGGCAUAUUGGGUGUGUUCCGAUGCCCUUGUAUGAUAACAUGGCAUAGUAGUGGAACAAAGGUGUCAGAAAUCGCACUCUUGUUUUUGCCUGUUAUAAAAGUUUUGCAUUUGCACAUUAAGACAAAGGUAUAACUGAACUUCUUGCCAUUUUAGUGGAGUGAAGCUUGAUAAGGUAAUGUACGCCUUUCUCCCCUGCUUUCAUUCCUUAAAAAUGAAUCGAUGUGAAUGACUGGAUUUCAACUUCACUCUCGUUUGCAACACUUCACUAUUACAUGUUUUUUUAGUAAGGCUCACGAAGCGGAACUCUACGUAAGCACCCACAUCUCAUAUCUGUUGUACUUUAAGACUAAUAUAGGCUGCUUGUUCUUUCUUAAUCAUUAUUAUUAUUAUUGUUAUUAUUAUUAUUAUUAUUAUUGUUAUUAUUAUUAUUAUUAUUGUUAUUAUUAUUAUUAAUUUUACACUUAACACGGCAGACCAUGGUUGUCCCAGAGGAACGUGAAGGUAAAACAAGUGCAGCCAUGAUGUUGAGUAGAGACCCGUCUAAGGCGACAGAUGCUGUGAGCACUAGGAAAGCAGCAACAUGCGACGAAGGAAAUAAGCAAUCAAGAAAGGUAUAACAAAUAAUUUAGCAACUUAGUAUUUUAUGGAUAAUCAGUUUGGUAAUUUUGGUAUCCCCAAUGGGCACCAGUAAAAACCGAGGUUUCUUCUGGUCGAAGUUUUUAUUAAAACAGAAGGCGAAUGGAAAAUUUAGAGACCACUUCUUUGUAGAACAGGCUGGAAAAAUUCACCUCCUAGAUCCGCAGCAAGUUCUUAUUAACCUUUUGUGUUGAGCUCAGUGUCUAUUCAUGAUUUGUUUCAAAAUUGAAUUUUCAACCCUUAAUGUAACUUUGUUCGCGGGCAGCACUGCGGUGGUAUAACCUUUCUAUAAUUUGCACAUUUCAUUCGUGAAAGUGUUUACAUGGAAAUUUCAAUUCGAAUAGAAAACUCAGUAACAGUUUGUUGCGACGGGAGAGGGACGAAGGUAAAAAUUGUUCUGUCUCGGUCAACUAAACCUGAUUCUCGGAGGCUGGUUGAUAAACAAGCAACAUAAAUUUAUAAAAGGCCGAAAUUGUACUCCGAUAAUAAACGCUGGCCUUAGCGGUCGGUGCCACGCCGGGUUUGCCAAUUAAGUUUGAAAUGAACGCCUGGGUGUUUAUUGGAGGAAAUGAGGUGCACGUGUAAAUUAAUUCAAAGAAUCCCCAAGAAAUUGUAAGGUGUAUUGCACCGGGAAAAAAAGUUUCUUUUUGAGCAUAUUUGGACUCAGCAAUGUAAGCGCAAUGAAAUUGAAAAAAUAGGUCCAACAAUUCAGGUAAUUAACUGUUUUUGGACUAGAGUCGGUGAGGAGUUAGCCAAACACAUUUGUAACUACUUGGUGUUGUUCAAGGUCAUUGUCGACAUGCGGGAGUUUCGCAGUGAGCUGCCUUCACUGAUUCAUCGGAGAGGGAUUGAUGUAGAACCUGUGACUUUAGAGGUUUGUACAUAAUUAUCUUCCUUAUCUCCUCAAGCUUCCACUAAUAUGUUUUCCAUCGCCACAAAGAAAUUAUCUGGCGACUAAAGUAACAGUGGAAGUCGCCUUUUGGGUGACCUGCUUUGAGUGAUCUGAUCAUGUAGCCAGCUGUAGCGUUUACAUAACAUUGUGCUUGUGGGGCUCUGUUCUGUAAUUUUUACCACUAUUGCCAAAAAAUAAUGUUAUUUUUCUUUCACAUUUACAGGUUGGUGAUUACAUUCUUACCCCAGACAUUUGUGUGGAGCGUAAGAGUGUGAGUGAUUUGAUUGGCUCGCUCAACAACGGAAGACUGUGAGUAUUUGUCUAUAGUAUUACCACGAUCUAUAGACUCUAUCUGUCAUUACAUAGUAUAGAAUAUUAGACAGUUGACAGGAAAAAAGCCUCUAAGGUAGAUCUGUUAUUUGACUUGUUUUAUUGUACUCUUUUCUCUUAGUAACAUCGCAUGAUUAUGUAACCGGGAAUCAAUGUUAGCAUUUCAGCAACUGUGCACCUACUCCUCCCCUGACCCAACAUUAACCCUAACGUGUCAUCAGUUGACUUUUCAGUUGGGUUGGGGGAGGGGUAGGUAUGCAGUUGCUCAAAUACAAACAUUGAUCGGCAAACUGCUAGCUCUGUAGUGUAAAUGUAACAAUGCUCUUCUCGUCUCUGGGUAACGUCGUAUGACUAUGCUAUAAAUAUAACGAUUUCUUCUUCAAAUUGUAAUGAAAUAAAUAACUACUCUUUCCGUUUUAAUACUAGUCAUUGCGAAGUGGGAUGAAAAGUCUUUAAAUGAUUUUGCUGUUUGUGAAUCUUUUCCCUCCAAUUUCUAGUGCAAAGUUGACUGAACAAUGCUAUAACGCACAGGUUUUUCGUCAUUUUGGGUAGAGUGGUUGGGGGCCAGAAUGAAAUUAUUUCAUGGAUUUUGACACAAACGUUCUCUACUAACAUAAGUUGGCAGCUUCGUGCCCUUUUUUUACUUUUUCACCCGUAAGGUGAGAAAAAUUAGAAAUGUCGGCACUGUCUGAUUUGAAUUGCAUUUGAUGAACACGUUUGAUGACCUCCAAGCUUAUCGAACACUGCAGUUGUUCUGUACCAUUGUUGAUCACGUGCUAGUGUCAUCCCAUCCUAAUGAUGUUUGAAGUGAUUAAACUAAGAUUUAAAUUUGAUCAAAUUAAGUGUAAAGCUUUUUAAAUACGAUUCUGUGCAGAUAUCCACCAUGUCUAUGGUUUCUGUGUUAACUUUCAAGGUAUCACCAGGCUGUGGCUAUGGUCAGGUUCUACAAAAGACCCAUUUUGUUGAUCGAGUUCGAUCCAAACAAGUCAUUUUCCCUGCAGGUUAGUAUCCAUCGUAAUCCUGUGGUGAAAAUUAAAUUAGCUUCGAAGUGUCCAUCAAGUAAUUUUCAAGUUUCAAUUACAGUUGAACAUGAGAUCAUGGGCGUGCCUGGAUAUGGAAUUUCUCUUGGAGUGUUCAGCUCGAUAGCUCACGAGUGAGAUGUCGAGUUGAACACAAGAACAGAAAUAUCACAUCUACAAACAACUAUGUACUAUUUUGUUUAUCAUAUCAACACAAUAGCCCUUUACUGCCAACAAAAGUCGACUUUAUUAAUGAAUGAAAAUAAAAGGAUCGACAAUCCCCUGAUAAAAAAAACGCUAAAGAGCUUGACGUACUCGAGAUGGAAACAAACAAUGGGCCUAAUUUUCAAUAUACAAAAUUGUCAGUUAUUUAUGUCGUCCUUAGCGACAGAAGAAAUAUUUCAGGUACACGGCCAAAAUCGGCUGGUGGCAAAUCUUCCAGUUGUCGAUUUUCGUUCCCGGCCGCGAGAAAUGCUAUCACCAAAGCGGUUUCCCUUUUCGUAUUUUGGUUUUCUUCCCCAUCUAGGAAAGUUUGCACGUCACUGUCUGUAAGCGAUACAGAUUUUUCAGCGUCUCAGCUGCCAUAAUCCGCAAUAAUUCUGUUAAACGACCUUGGAUUGUGAAUGGUGAAGGCUUUGCCGUUCGUUCAUCAACCUGCCCGAGUGGCGCGAAAGCCGAGUGACGUUUCAGCACCUGAUUGACGAUAUUAAACACGUGAAAAAAUAUCCUAUUUUUUUCACGUGUGUUGUUACGCUUUUCUCAGGGCUGGAAAUCCCUAUAUAACACCGUAGUUUAUGUGAUAAAAUGAUUUUCUUAAUUUUUAUCGUUUUGGCUCUUUGUUUGAGUGUUUGCCGUUUUACAUGUGGGAGAAUUGUAGAUUUAUGUGUGGAAAUUCUUGAUGGGAUGUGUACUGGACCUCUCUGGAGCUUUUUCUGUUUAUUUUUUAAUUUAACGGAGGGGGAUUAUUUGCGCUAGUCAACAACAUCCAAGGCAGGGCUUGAAAACAGUUUAAAUGCCAACUUGCCCUUCGGGAAAGCAACUUUCAUAUGUCACUUUCAGAGGCAUUCCUCCGCUAGCCCUACCUCGUAGGGGAUGAAAAAAGGAAGUAAAGACUAAGAUGUUUUAGCGUCAACUCUUAAACUAUCAGAUAUUGCAAGAAGGGAGAUAAAGUUGCUCGUCCGAGUGGGAAAUCUACCGUGCCCUUCCCGUACUACUGCACAGGGGUUUUUGCGAGCGCUGAAUCUGAGGCCAUCGAGAAUCCUAGACCCAAAUAUAUCUACAAUUAAGCGCUAUGAACACACUGUAGAACAAAUUGAGCUAAGAUUAGAAUGAGAAUAAACUGAAUCGAACAACUUGUUUGUAUUAUAAAUAUUAGGAAAAUCUUCUCCCGAUGUAAGCCAUCUGUAUUGAGGUGGAAAAAGUGAGAUUAAGUGGAAGAAAAACGAAAAUGAAAAUAUUAAGAUCUAACCUCUUAAUACUCGAAAUUAACAAUUUGUUUGAUACACGGAAAUUCCCAACACCUGCACAGUUGGUAGGAUCAGGUAAAAUUUUGCAUUUAAUUACAAGAAUUAAAAGACCUAGCCUGCCAGGAGUCUCCCGUAGCUCAGUGGCAGAGCAUCCUAAAUACUGCUCGGAAGGUCGUAGGGUCGUCCCUUAUCGAGAGUACUUGGAGUUUGUUUUGUGCGAGUAUGUCUGUGUUGUUCACUGAAAACAUCAUCUUUCAUUAGAAUGAAAUUACUGCCCGUUAUUCGUUUAGGAGUGAUCCAGAACUUAAGAAUCCACUGCAAGUGAUCUUGAUUUUCUAUGCUUCUGUAUGGUCGUGUGAAGUAGACAAGUUUAGUUCUUGUAGGACACACGGACACAGAUAGUUCUUGUCACUGACCUUUGUUCCUUACGUGACAUAUAAACCGAACCUCAGAAUCCAAUGAUGUUGUAAUUACCCCUGGUUUUUCUUUAACUCUCUUUUUGAAAUUAGGAAUUAAGACUUGGAAUCGCCCAUCGUGAAUUUCUAACAGUUUUUAACCGACAUUUUUUAUCCAUCUGAUUAUUUAUCUGUUUACCUGUUUGUUUGUUUGUUUUUCCUUCAGGCGAAGUCAAGUUUGUCUAGUGAGGUAUCCUUCAAUGACAUAUCUUCCAAGUUGACUUUACUUACACUUCAUUUUCCUAAGGUGCGUGUUAUGAAUGCUUUUUGGCUUCUUGUUGUCUUAAAGCAAUAAUGGUAAUUAAUGAUGAUCCUGGUUGAUCUUCCAGUUGAAAAUAUUGUGGUGUCACAGCCCGUAUGCAACAGCUGAGCUUUUUGAUGAUCUGAAGGUGAGUCUCUCGUGAUGAAACAACCUUGUUGUUUAUGGCUUUCGUAAUAUUUGCUUGGCGUCGUAAAGAACAGACCUAUGCAAGCCUUUGAAAGAUCAAGUUACGUUUACCCGCGUGUUAACUGACUCCACACAACGUGGUCUUGAUCCAUUAAUUUAAUUUUGAUGCAGUAGGAGGUGACCAGCAGGUUAGCUACUUAAAAUGCCCCCCCCCCCACCCUCCCACAGUCCUUACUAUCGCUAUUGAAUUUCAAACAGUGUGAUAAAAUGUUACUAAAUGCACUAUGUUUGUGUAUUGUCUAUAUAAUGAUGGUGUUAAUGACUCGAAAGUUGGCGCAAAUGAAACUACAUUUUUCUCCUUUGUUUGACGAAUGACGCCUAUGCCCAAAAUGCCCAAAAAUGUUAUUGAGUGCUGAUUCAAAUGCAAAAUCGUUAUUGAAUCUGAUUUACGCACAAAUGAUCUUUUUACUCGCUAAUGUAUGUAACUUUACGUAAUUGUUCGCCUUUUCACGCAACUAAAUUAAUCUUUUGUCGUAAUAAACAGCAAAAGGUGUAAAAAGGGAGCAUACCGCCGAAUAGAUUAUAGUAAUCGUUUUGGAGAUGCGAAGAGUAGUUUAUUUGAUUUUUACUUUUUUUUUCUAUUUUUGUGUUGUUUUCCAGGCAAAAUGUCCUGAACCAGAUGCCGCCACAGCCAUGGCUGUGGGCUCUGACUCCACAGCAGUUGCCUCAGAUGUUACAUACAACAUUGGACCACAGGUGAGUCAGUAGAGGGAUGCUGGUACAGGCCGGGUGAGUCUCCAAAGACCUUAAUAGUUGUUUGUUGUCGGCCACGCGAAGCUAGGACUCGCGUACGGUGCAAUGUUCAUAGGAAGUAUCAGGAAAGACUACCGUUUAAAAGCGGUUAAAACCCUGGCUUGUUUAAGGAUACGAUACAAGCUGACGGUCUUAACGGUACAGUAGGCCGCACAAAGACGGAACAGUUGAUAAAGACAACGAAGAUUGACCGCUAAUAAGACUUUGAAAUGGGUUGUUUGUGUUUUAAGAAAGACGUUAAGUCAGUGCUAAGGUGUCUUAUCAAGACUUCCGAUACGGACUUCUGACUUGGGAAGACAAAAUACUGGCUAAGUCUAAUUUGGUAUUAGGUGAAAUGAUAGUCUUUUGAGUAUUGUGUAAAAGGGAAAACGAAUGGAAAUUAGGGUCUCGUUCUUCUCUCUUAUAGUUAUUUCAUUUCAUUUGAAUAGUUCUGAAUGUAGAUUUGUUUUUUCAUGUACGUUGUAAUUUUGUUUAUUCUAGCUUUCUUUUCUGUUUAAGGACUUCAUUUUAAAGCUUCCUGGCAUAAAUUUCAAGAACUACCGGUAAAACUUUCGGAUGGCUAUAUUCAAUGAUAUACUUUAUUUGAGUUCUGGUCCUGUGCAAGACAUGACUUCUUUAUCUCUACUUGUAUACGUUAGAGGAGUUCUGAAAUUCUUGUCUUAGGCCCAGUAGUAGGUUACGACGGACAGUUUAGACCUCAUCCUGAAACCCUUUUUUUUGCUCUGUGAAAGAUAAAUUUUGAUUUGUUUAAAUAUAUUUUUCCAGAUCUGUCAUGAGAAACGUGGAGAGUGUGCAAGAACUUUUCACACUAUCACAGGAAAGGCUUGCAAAUAUUUUGGGCAAUGCUAACAGUGCUAAACAACUCUGGGAGUUUAUUCACACCGAUAACAAAGGUCGUGUGCAGCCACAAACAUCCUCGAAAGUAAGAAGAUGA